CCAACUCUUACCCCUUUCGUCAUAUAUGAAGGUGACUUGUGUGCUCUCAGUCGAAGUCUUCUUUAGAGAGCGAGUCGGUACAAUUAAUUCCAUGCAUGAUGUAAUGGAGCGGAGAAAGUUCAGGAAUCAUGGAAUGGAAGAAAUUGUGUGCAUCAGUUGGCUUACAAAUUUGUGAUUUGGCAUAGCGUAGCAUGCACCUCCACCUUCGCCCUGUUCUUCUGAUCGUGGCGGCCAUGAGUAGGUAGGUAGGGAGGGAGAUCAAACUGCGCGCCAUGGCUUUCUCAUCAUUCUUCUCGUCAUUGUUGUUGUGCCUGUCGGGCAUCCUCCUUCUCCACGGGGCAGCGGUGGCACGAGGGUGUUUUAGCAUGGAGAGGGAGGCGCUGCUGGACUUCAAAGCUGGUGUCGGAGACACCCGCAACCGGCUAUCUUCUUGGACAGGCCACCACUGUUGCACAUGGAAGGGAGUGGCCUGCGACACCACCACUGGCCACGUCGUCAUGCUCGACCUCCGAAACACAAAUACUACAGAUGAUUGGGCAUUACGCGGUGAGGGGAUGAUGAACUCGUCAUUACUUGCUUUAUCUCAUCUGAAGCACUUGGAUCUUAGCUUCAAUAAUUUCAGCGGGAUCCGCAUACCGGAAUUCAUCGGCUCCUUCAAGAAACUGAGAUACCUCAAUCUAUCUUCUACACGAUUCAUGGGAGGAAUACCUGCUCGGCUGGGGAACCUUUCGAGCCUCUACGUUCUUGAUCUAAGCGAUGCUUUACAUUUUACAUCCCAUGUUGACAACCUCGACUGGCUCUCCCAUCUUACCUCCCUGAAGAACCUGGACUUGAGCGGGUUGAACCUAACCGGUGCCCCAGAUUGGUUCUCAUCGGUGAACAUGCUGCCUUCCCUCCAAGUCUUAAGUAUGUCUUCCGUUGGUCUCGAUACCAUCCCAGCUUCUGUUGUUCACGUCAACUUCACCUCCUCUCUUACUGUCCUUCAUCUCUCCUAUAAUAAUUUCGACUCCACCUUACCCAAAUGGUUGUGGAAUAUUAGUGGUCUUACCCAUCUUGAUCUCUAUAAUUCUGGGUUCUAUGGCGUUAUUCCUGAUGCAAUUGGAGACUUGGGCUCUCUUACUUUUCUUGAUCUAGGAGGCAAUCAACUCGAGGGUAUCGUACCGAGAUCCAUGGUUGAUCUCCGUAGACUGGAAGAAUUAUAUAUGUCGGACAACCAAUUGACAGGAAAUUUGAGCGGUUGGCUGGAGCAAAUGACGAAUCUCAUCAUUUUGGAUCUCCGAUCUAAUUUAUUCAACGGUUCCAUGCCUUCCUCCUCCAUUGGUAAGUUCUCUAAUCUCACUGAAUUGAAUCUCGCUGGAAAUUCUCUUGGAGGUGUCAUUUCAGAAGUUCAUUUUGAGAAUCUUACAAGAUUGCGAUGGUUGGACUUGUCUUACAACCCCAUCACCAUAUCCAUAGGACAGAGUUGGGUCCCCCCUUUCCAACUCAGAUAUGUAGAUUUAACCAAAUGUCAGUUGGGACCUCAAUUUCCAGAAUGGUUGCAGUUCCAAACACAGAUGACAACAUUAUAUUUGGCAGACUGUAAAAUUGCAGGGACAAUGCCCGCUUGGUUUGGGAAUAUUUCAUCUUCUACCAUCACAUAUUUAGACCUUUCCAACAACCAAAUAGGAGGGAAGCUGCCAUCUUCUUUAAAGUUCACCAAGUUGAAAAGAUUAUAUUUGGAUUCCAACAGAUUUGAAGGUCCAUUGCCAACGAUACUACCGUCUACACUUGAAAUUCUAUUCCUCUCCAAUAAUUCCUUUACAGGGCAAUUGCCGAUAUGGCCCUAUGUUAGAUUUGUGUCAAUCUCUGAUAACAUGCUUGACGGUGGCUUAUCUUCGUCAAUCUGCCAAUGGACAGGUGGUCUCGUAUACCUUGACCUUUCGAACAACAAAUUACUUGGUGAGAUCCCUUAUUAUUUAGAGGAGUCAUUACAAAAUAUUUAUUUCUUAAAUUUGGACAACAACCGCUUGUCGGGUGAAAUUCCACACACGAUCGGUUUUUUAAGUAUGCUUAUGCUAUUGCAACUGAAAAAUAACAGUUUUUCGGGUGAGGUUCCUUUGUCAUUGAAAAAUUGUACAAAUUUAUGGUUUCUUGAUCUGGCUCAAAAUAAUCUUGUCGGAAGUAUAACGCUAUGGAUGGGAGAAAAUCUACAACAACUGCAAGUACUUCGUCUACGUUCAAAUAUGUUUUCUGGAGUUAUUCCCUGGCAACUUGUUCGAUUUGAACAGCUUCAUAUAUUGGAUCUUACCGAUAACAAUUUCUCUGGAUCAAUACCUCACAACAUUGGUAAUUUAAGUGCCAUGAGAUCGACAUCACAUUAUAAUGAAUCUUGUGAUUAUGAAUUAGAUGUCUUUACAAAGGGACAAGAUCUUCAUUAUUUAAAAUGCAGCAUGAUAUUGAUGAGAAGUUUGGAUCUUUCAAACAAUAGACUAACCGGAGAGAUACCAAAAGGAAUUGGAGACCUUGCAGGACUCAAGAACUUAAAUUUGUCAAGAAAUCAUUUACAAGGAAAAAUCCCAUGGGAGAUAGGAGGAAUGAAAUCAUUAGAAUCCCUUGAUCUAUCGAUAAAUGAUCUUUCUGGUAGCAUUCCUGAGAGCUUAUCGACUUUAUAUUCCUUGAGCUAUUUGAAUUUAUCAUAUAAUAAUCUUUCGGGAAUGAUACCAUCUGGUAAUCAACUCCAAACCUUUAUUGAUCCAUCCAUCUAUAUGGGUAAUGCUGACUUAUGUGGACCACCAAUUUUUAAAAGUUGUUUUAAUAAUAAAACAACUCAAAAUAUUAUACAAGAGUACAAGAAGGAGAUUCCCGAGUGGCUAUGGUUCUAUAUCAGCAUGAUACUAGGAUAUGUGAUGGGAUUUUGGACAUUUUGUGGUAUUCUUUUCCUUAAAGACGCAUGGAGGCAUGUUUAUUUCUAUAUGGUUGAUGAUAUGUAUGAUCGGUUCUGGGUGCAAUGUCAAUUAAUUCUUCGACGAUUGUUGAGACGUUAAUCCUAAAAUUUCUAGCGUGGAUGAUCCCAGGCUUUCCGGUAGAUGAGGAGAAGGUAUGUCAUCACACUACUUUUUAUUUAUAUGAUAUUUUGGAUUCCUAGAUGCUGGUUGUGAUCAAUGAAAAAAGAAUUUUGUAUUAUUGAUCUAAGAAAGGAUGGGCUGCUAUAUUUAUGAUGUUUGAGAUCUUUUUCUAUGUAAUGUGGUUGUUUACAGUCUUCUUCUAUUUGAUGUUUGCAUAAUUAUAACAUCAUGCAAGAGUUGGCGUUUGCAUAAUUAUAACAUCAUGCAAGAGUUGACUCAUAGUUUUAAAGCAGAGAAAUAUUACAAAAAGAAGAGACCUACAACCAAGUCUUUUGUACGAAAAGAUAGUUUAAAAAUAUGGUAUAUUGAUUUUAAAGGAACAAACACAUUACUUUCGAAAUAAUAAAAUAGAGGAAGAGAGGGGUGGCUUUGGCAGGGGAAGAAAAGAGGAGAAAAAAAUAAAAUAGGUGUGAGAUUUAAUAAGGAUGUUGUUUUUAUUUCAAGAGAGUAAGUUUUAAAUUUGAAAGAGUAUUUAUAUGUAUGAUUUUGAAUUCCUCUAUGCAUUCCCUACCAAUCAGAGAGUAAAUAAAGCUAUAGAUUAAUUAUUCUAAAAUUAUUGAGUAUGUUGUUAUUUUAGAGAAAAAAAUAGUAAUAAGAAAGAAAAUAUUAUGAUUGUUUAUUGGAUUGGUUUAUAUUAU